CCUUUCGCUGGUGCCACAAGUGUCUGUUGUUGGCUUGGACGUGCGACCGCGGCGCAAGAGGCCAGGCGAGGGGCUUUCCCGGCCCUGCACUUCUCGCUCGGGGCGCCUCGGGCAUCCCCGGAGCUCCCUCAGAGCCGGCAGUUCCUCGCGAGAAACCCUGGACUCACCCCUGCGUCGCCGGGGUCAGCUGCCACCCUCCCCAGGCUGCUGCUGGACGCCUGUGUCUGGACUCCAGUUGUACCACCAGCCGCCAUGAAUUGUCAGGUCCGCAAUGGUCCUAGCCUCGGGGGUGAGCACGUCACAGAUCUGCUGGUGUUCAGCUUCCUCCAGCUCGGGCCCAGCCACAACUUCCAGGAGGAGCUGAAGAGGCUGGGCCACACCCUGCCUGCGCCCGAGGGCCACACCCUGCCUGUGCUCCAGGGGUCCCAGGAGCACAGUGAGGAGGAGCUGCAGACAGACGGCAGCCGGUGCAGCCGCUUUGCCCUGGAGGGCCAGGACAGAGGUUCUGAGACUCAGGAGGAUGUCAUCCGGAACAUCGCCCAGCAGCUCGCCCGGAUCGGGGAUGUGAUGGACCGCAGGGUCCCCUCGAGUCUGGUGGACCACCUGGUGGUGCAGCUGAGGGACGGGAGCCUGUCAGAUGAAGGCCGGAGGGCGUGCCUGGCCAGCGCGGUGAACCAGGUCUUGCAGGCCUGCCCUAGAGACCUGGAAGAGGAGAAGAUGAUGCUGCUGGUGACCAUGCUGCUGGCCAGGAGGGUGGCCAGUCACACUCCGUCCUUGCUGCCCGAGGUCUUCCACACAACAGUGAAUUUUAUUAACCAGAACCUGCUCACCUGUGUGAGAAACUUAGUCAGAAAUGAGAUGGACUGACGGUGGCUGCAGAUGGUCUGGUCGGUACCUGCAUCCUGUGGAGACGGAGCCCAACCAUGUACACAAAGCUCCUAGAGCAGAUGGACUCAGGGUAACAACAGCUGUUCCUCGCCGUUUGAAAGGUGAUGCUUGAAGCUGGUGCCCCACUUGGAAGUCUCCCUGUUGAUUUACUUGAAUGAAAAUGGCAACAUGCACAUAUUCAGACGAAUUUGAUCUCAUCUUACAAAUCUAUGUGCUGUGCCUUUAUCUUUUUGACCAGUGUGGGUCCCCACUGGAAAACUAAAGUUAAAAGAAGAUUAUAAGACAGAAGAUAAAAAACACACUUAAUGUUUUUUGUCUAAAACAAAACACUUUAUUAAAGCGCAGCCUUGGAGUACAGUCUUACAGUGGUGUUGUGUGUGAGAGACCAAGACCCGGACAUGGGCCUCACGUGCCCCUUACAGAUAAAAAUCCCCGCAGAUCAGGGUGCAUAGUGAUGCUUAGGAAGGACUAGUCUUCCUGUUUAAAAACCACAUAACACAGGGGAGUCUAGAUUCAGAACGUGUUGAAUGUUUUCAACUUGAUUUCCUUUUAUCAGAGUCAAGGAAAAUCGCAGGCAAACAAAAGGUGUGGAAGGGACUUAUGGGCCCAUGUCAUCCAGUUUCCAAAAUCAAGUAACUGCAGACACGUGUCUCUGUAAGAAGUCCAAGGGUUUGAUAAAGUUUUCAAAGUGCUGGAGCACCAGAAACUAUUGCAUAUAUUCCAUGUGAACUGUCUGCUUGUAAUCUUGUGUUUUCACUUUCCAGCCACAGCCCUCAGUUCCUCCAAGCUUUAGAGACUGUAUCAGGAGAGAGCAGGUUCUUCUAGGCAUAAAAAAAUGACAAAACAUCUAAAAAUUCAACAGUUAAAGUGCCUUUUCUAGUGACACAAAAUCAGAUCUCUCAGGGACCUUGGGCGUGUGUGUAUUUAGCAGUGGUGCCAUGCUGCCUGUGACUCCCAGCAAGUGUUCCCUAGAGUCCCGUUUACACGUGUGACCAUGGAUGCCAGUCUGUGUCAUGCAUGUGACCCUUGCUCCAUGCUAACACCCUUGUUGCUGUGAACAUGACACUCUGGAGAAGCUUGUGAACAAGAGUGAUGAAGUACCAAUAAACGAUUCCUGUUACCAAAU